AUGGCAUCUCAUUUGGAAGUAGAAAAGUUGAUAGAAAUAGGUAAGGAGUUCGGGUUAUCGGGAAAAGAGUUAAGAGUAUUUGUAGAUGAAGAGAGACAGAAGUUAAAUGAGCAGAGAGAUGUAGAGAGAGCACUUAGGGCAGAGAUGAGGGAAGACGAGAAGAGGAGGAAAGAGAUUGAUCUUGAGAUUGAAUUGGAUAAAAAGCGUGUUGAGGCUGAUAUAGAUUUGAAAAAGGAGGCAGAAAAAGUUAAAAUAUUGCAAUUACAAUUACAACUUGAACAGGCAAAGGCUGCACAUCAAGUAGCCGCUAAUGAUACGAUUAUUUCUAGUUCCAAGGGUAAACCCCCUAAAUUACCACCCUUUAAUCCCGAAAAAGAUGAUAUCGAUGCUUACAUAAGUAGGUUUGAACGUUAUGCCACCACCCAGGGUUGGAAAAGGGAUCAGGAAUGGGCAACUAAUUUGGGUGCUUUAUUACAGGGUACUGCCUUAUUUGAAUAUUCUCUUCUUCCUCCAGACGAAAUUAAUAAUUAUGAUAAAGUAAAACAGGAACAUGCUAUUUUCUUAAGAGAAAGAAAACCUAAAGAUUCCAUAACUAUGGCAAGUUUUUCUAAUCAGUAUUUAGAAGCCCGUGGGUUUUGGAAGGGAACCCAACCUGUUCAUUUUGAAAGGGGAAAGUGUUCUUCAAUGAGUAGUUAUGAUGGUCCUGGAGUUAGUUUUAAAGAUAAUGGUCCUAGAGAUAGUCGUCCUAGGGAAACGUAUAGAAGGGGAGGUCCUGUGACUUAUGCUCCUCGUAGAUGCUACAUUUGUAAUCGAGUUGGUCAUGUUGCCCGUGAUUGUUAUAGAAAGAAAAACAUUAGUGCGGGGAUGAUAGGGAAAAGAGAAGCUGAUCCGAUGGGAAAAGGUAAGUGGGUUUCUUCUAUAGAGAAUACUUAUUCUGAUGUUUAUAAAAAGCCUAAUGAUUUACCAGUUGCAACUAAAUUAGUAUCAUGUGAAGGUGACGAUAAUAAGAUGCCGAUACAAACUGGAUAUAUUGGUAAGUAUGAAGUUCAAGUUUUGCGUGAUUCGGGCUGUACAAAUGUUGUGGUUAAUAGUGCAUAUGUUGAGUCAGCACAGUAUACCGGGGAGGAGAAAGUUGUUAUGCUUAUAGAUGGUACAGUUAAAAGUUUUCCCGUUGCUUUAAUUGAUGUGGAUACCCCGUUUUUAGUAGGAUCGGUGCAAGCUGUAGUAAUGGAAGGUGCUGUUUGUGAUCUCAUAAUUGGGAAUGUGCAAGGUGCUAGGGAUGCAAACGACCCAAAUAAAGAGUGGAGAAAGAAACAAGAAAUAACAGCAGCAGUGAUGACUAGAAGCCAAGCUAAGGCAAAUGAAGUGAAAAAGGUGAGUAAGUUAAAAGUUGUAAGCCCAAUAGAUGAAGUAACCCCAGAAGAUUUGAUAACCAAGCAAAAGUCAGAUCCCACAUUGUGCAAGCCAAGGGAAUUAGCGGGGACUGGUAAGUAUAAGGAUAGGGGCUGUGGAGAAUUUGAAUAUGUUUAUGACGAUAAGGGAAUUUUAUUUAGAGAGUUCACCUCGCCCAAAGUGGAGUUGGGAAAUAUCAUAAGACAAGUUGUUGUUCCUAAAUGUUUUAGAAAUCACGUUCUGCGAAUUGCACAUGAAUCUAUUGUAGGGGGACACAUGGGAAGUAAGAAAACUUAUGAUAAAAUUCUAACUUGUUUUUUUUGGCCAGGGAUGCAGGGUGAUGUAAGACGUUACUGUCAAUCUUGCGACAUCUGUCAACGGACAGUUCCAAAAGGAAGAGUUACUAAGGUACCCCUAGGCAGUAUGCCAGUUAUUGGUGAGCCGUUCCAAAGAGUUGGGAUUGAUUUAGUGGGACCAAUCAAACCUAUCACCACACGGGGCCAUAAAUUUAUUCUAGUUUUAGUGGAUUACUCUACCAGGUAUCCAGAAGCCGUUCCCUUAAAAAACAUAGAAACUGUAACAAUUGCUGAGGCUUUAAUUUCAAUUUAUUCAAGACUGGGGUUCCCAAAUGAAGUGUUAUCCGACCAAGGGUCCCAAUUCACGUCUAAAUUAAUGUCUGAAGUUAACAGACUGUUGUCCAUUAAAAGUUUCACUACAACACCUUAUCAUGCUAUGUGUAACGGGUUAGUAGAAAAAUUUAAUGGAACCUUAAAGGGCAUGUUGAAAAAGAUGUGCGAAGAGAAGCCGAAAGAUUGGGAUAGGUAUAUAGACCCAUUAUUAUUCGCCUACAGGGAGGUACCCCAAGAGAGCACUGGUUUCUCACCAUUUGAGUUACUAUAUGGCCGUAGCGUCAGGGGGCCAAUGAUGAUUAUCAAAGAGUUAUGGACAGGGUCUCGUACACAUUGUGAACAAAAGCCAGCCUAUAACUAUGUUCUUGAUUUGAAGGAUAGAUUGGAACACACUUGUAAAAUAGCCAAAAAUGAAUUACAUAAAGCUAGUAAACGUUACAAGAAGUAUUAUGACAAAAAGGCGAAACCUAGAGAGUUAGAGAUAGGGAACGAGGUUUUGGUUUUACUCCCAACAGAUUCCAACAAAUUACUUAUGUCUUGGAAAGGGCCAUUUCCUAUUUCCCAAAAG